CUAGAUUAUACAUCAAGCAUAUAUGAGAUACGUUGUUUCAAUUUAAUAUAUAAAAAAACGAGCCAUGGUUAAAAGUGUGACAAUCCUGCAGCAGGAGCUGGCAUUGUUAGGCAUCCUUGACAGACGUUACGGAGGGAUAAUAGUAGCCCGCCACAUCAGGCGCGGACUGACUGACGAGCUUCUUCUUUUUGCUGUAGCAACCCGAAGUGUUCGGAGUCCCCGACAGGAACGGGGACGAAGCCGCUCACUGGGAAUCAUAGCACCUCGUCUGAAGAUUGGCUCCUUGCCCAGAAAGAGAUAUGGAUGGAACUAAUGAUGUGCAGGCGGAGCUGGACUCGGUGGAGGCGGAGCUAGAGUUGGUGGAGCUGCAGAUCUCAGAUCUCCUGCAGAAGCAGACGGAACUGACGGGUCGUAAAGAUGCGCUGCUGCUGCGGCUGCAGGACGUCUGUGUCGCUGCGCAACCGUCGUCCUCAAAGUCACCUGGAGCUCCUCCAGGGCUCAGCAAGCAGGAGAUGCAGCUCUAUGAUGGCACAGACUUCCCAUGGUCCAAAGAAUUGGAGCAGCACCUGAAGGACUCGUUCCAUCUCUCCACCUUCCGCCCGCUGCAGCUGAGGGCCAUCAACCUGACCAUGUCGGGCAGAGAACUGUUCCUGGUGAUGCCCACGGGAAGAGGAAAGAGCCUCUGCUACCAGCUGCCUGCAGUCUGCUCCAAGGGUUUCACGUUGGUCGUCAGCCCCCUGGUGUCCCUGAUGGAGGACCAGAUCAUGUACCUGAAGUCCAUCGACGUGCCAGCGGUCAUGCUGAAUGCGUCCAGUAGCAAGGAGCACGCCAAGAUGGUCAUGGCUGGCAUGACGGAUCCCAAAGCCCCUUUCAAGCUGCUGUACGUGACUCCGGAGAAGAUCGCCAAGAGCAAGCUGCUCAUGUCCCGUCUGGAGAAGGCCCACAACGCGGAGCUGCUGAGUCGGAUUGCGGUGGACGAGGUUCACUGCUGCAGUCAGUGGGGACACGACUUCCGACCAGACUAUAAACUGCUGGGCAUCCUGAAGAGGCAGUUCCCCAACGUCCCCCUGCUGGGACUCACAGCCACGGCAACCAGCAGUGUUCUAAAGGACUGCGAGAAGAUCCUGUGUGUGCCACAGCCAAUCACAAUGUCGGCGUCCUUCAACCGGACCAAUCUCUACUACGAGGUUCGUGUAAAAGAUUCCAACUAUGAUGCGUCAAUAAGUGACAUUGCCUCUCUGAUCAAGAACAGAUACAAGGAUCAGUCAGGGAUCGUGUAUGUGUUCUCUCAGAAGGAUGCAGAGUCGGUGUCCUCUGCGCUCCAGACGAGUGGCGUCCUGGCCUUCCCCUACCACUCUCACAUGGAAGCCGACGAUAAGUCUCGCGUUCAUCGCAAAUGGACCGCCAACAAAAUCCAGGUGGUGGUAGCCACGGUGGCGUUCGGUAUGGGCAUCGACAAGCCUGACGUCAGGUUUGUCAUCCACCACACCAUCAGCAAGUCCAUCGAGAACUACUACCAGGAGAGUGGGCGCGCAGGUCGAGACGACCGUCCGGCAGACUGCAUCCUCUACUUUGGCUUCUCCGACAUCUUCCGGAUCAGCACCAUGGUGGUGAUGGAGAACGUGGGUCAGCAGAAGCUGCUGCAGAUCGUGGACUACUGCCAGAAUGUCGACAGGUGUCGGCGCUCCCUCAUGUCCGUUCAUUUCGACGAGGUGUGGGACGAUGAAGGAUGCAACCAGAUGUGUGACGCCUGCCGCCAUACGAAAGACUACACCACGGUGGACAUUACCCAGCAUGCCAAGGAGGUGGUCCAAAUUCUAGAGCUGGCGGCGUCGGCGGAUGAGAAGCUGACUCCGCUGAAGCUGGUGGAGGCCUGGAUGGGCAAAGGCCCCGCCAAGCGCAGGAAGAUGAUCCAGACCACCAGCCUGAGUCGGCUGCAGGCUGAAGCUGUGGUUGUGAUGCUGCUACUGAAGGGAUACCUCAGGGAGGAUUUCAGCUUCACGCCGUACACCACCUACUUCUACAUGAAGCUGGGCCGCAAAGCUCCUCUCCUGAAGGUCCAGACUCACUCACUCAGCAUGAAGAUGGGGUCGACGGGGACGGAGGCCGCUGCGGACACAUCGGCCAAUGAGGAGGAGGAGUGUGAUGUGACCUUUGGCCACGUUGUCACGGACCGCAGCUGUCCCCCACCCCCCCGACAGAAAGUACGUAAAGAGCAGAGGAACCGGUCCAGGAAGCAGAAGCGGCCGUCUGGGCGACCCGGAGAGGAAGAGGGGCGGAGCUUCAUCUCUCCCCGACGUGGAAUCGAGGUCGACGUUGAAAUAAUAAACAUUGUAGAUGACGGCGACGGUCACGGAACGCCGCCCCGUCCCGUUGAGCCGUGUUCCAAACGCAAAGCCGGCACCCCGCAGAGAGCGAGGGGCGGCGGGCCGCGCGCCGACUCGCCCGCCGACUCGCCCGCCGGCUCGCCGUCCCUCGCCUCCGUCAUCUCCGAGACGGCCGCCGAGGAGCUCUGCGACCUGCGGAGCUACUACAGGAAGCAGCUGAGGAGGAUCAACCACGUUUCCCACGAGCACCUGGGGGGGCGGCGGCCCUCGGAGCCGGGCGUGCUGUCGUGCAUCAGGGAGCCGCUGAGGAGCCUCCGGCUGCCCCGCCGGGUCAGCAUCGCCCACACGGCCCGCAGCCUGUGGACCCGGGUGAGCGGCCGGAGGAAGCCGGGCCCCCGCUGACGGAGGUUCACGAAUCAAUAAUCUGUGUUUCUCCUACAAAGCUUCUAAAGUCACCAGAUGGGCUUUUCCUGACCCAUUUGUACAUCACAAGUUAACGUUUAAAUCCCUCCGGUUCGUGUUGAACUUAUGUCGCACUAUCUACCCGACGACACGGGGAACAGGAAGUGGAGACACGCCGACUCAGUUCCAGGUUGUGGGACUCGUUUGGGACCCAAUGGGGUUCUGCUGAAGCCCGACCCGACCCGACCCAACCCUCAGACGCCACCAGACGAGAUGAAUAGGAACGAUGUGGCGAGCUUGUGAGACAAAGCACCGUCUUUAAACUUGUUCAACUUCAGAAGCUGAACAUUCUGCAUACUUUCAGCUACAGGCACCAUUUAAACUUCAAAAUGUUGGCAAAACCUUUAAGAUUAUUACUGUGUGAUUAAACCUUUGUUAUAUCUGUUAUACUUUGUUUAACCGUCGCCGUUUUUUAUAUUUAAUGCUUUUUUUUCUGACCUUUUUGUAAUUUGAAAUGAGAGUGGCUCGCACAGAGCGUGAGUGGAGCUUCAGAAUCAUGUGAGAAAUAUAUUUGUAUUUUUGUGAAUCAAAACAUAGAAAAAUGUGUUUUAUGUCGGAUAUUUUGAAGAAAACCAGAAGGAAAAUACUAUAUUUUUUUCUGUGUGUCGGCGCCAUCGAGCUCCAUUAAACCGACGUCAAUGAGCCUCCACACGGUACUUUAUUCUGACCCAAUCACACAUACUCUCUGGAGCACCACAUGGGGAUUCAUCCGCUGCUGAAAAUAUUCCAUAUUCCCCCAAUAAAACGUCCUUCGUCA